GGCGAGUCACUCAAAUUUCAACUUCCGGGUGCUGAAUCGUUGCAAAACAGAGAGGACUACACAGGUGGAUAGCGGUUGGCAUGACAGUCAGAGAGAACAACCUGGAAAACACCGCUUUACGAAAAUGAUGCUGUCAGAAGUCCUGCAGGUGCUGCGUGGGGCUGGUAAGGUGGGAUCUGCCCUGGUCACCACUCAGGGAGAACAGCUCAGGUUAAUGGCCUGCAACUCCACCCUGGGAGCAGGAGUCAAAGUUGCUCAGGAUGUGGUAGAAGGACUGGUGGGAACUUUCAUGGGAGGCAGCAACCAGCAACAGUCAAUAAAGGAGGACGUGUUUCCGGAUGCAGAGGGCUGGGAGAAUAUGGACCCAGAUGAAGCAGCCAAAUGGGCUGUGGGGUCUGAGUUCCCCUCUGCUGUGGAGCACAGCCAGACAGACGCUGGUCGGACAGCAGAGACGCACACAGGAGUACAUCCCAAUCCAGAGACAGCGACCGGAGGCGCAGGCUGGCCUGGUCAGAGCUCUCGCCUCCUCCACACCACCCCCAGGAUCCACCGGUACUACUUUCAGACCAGGUCUGUCCACAACACUGUGGUGGGCAGACUCACUCCAGAGGACAUCAAGAAAGCCAGGGAGGCAAAGCAGGCCCUGGUCAAACCUGUCAGACAGAAGCUGAGUGACCGUGCCAGAGAGAGGAAGGUGCCUGCCACAAGAAUCAGCAGGCUGGUUAACUUUGGGGGGCUGGCUGUGGGACUGGGCAUCGGUGCCAUUGCAGAAGUGGCAAAACAGUCAAUGGGGGGCAAACAGAAGGGAGACAUGAGUGCCCUGCUAGACUCUCCUCUGCUGUCAGAGGCCAAUGCCGAGAGAAUAGUCAACACACUGUGUAAGGUUCGUGGAGCUGCCCUCAAGAUAGGCCAGAUGCUCAGCAUACAAGACAACACCUUCAUCAACCCCCAGCUGCAGAAGAUCUUUGAGAGGGUCCGGCAGAGCGCAGACUUCAUGCCCAUAUGGCAGAUGAAUAAAGUCUUGGAGGAGGAGCUGGGAUCAGGAUGGCGAGAGAAGCUCUCAUCUUAUGAGGACAAACCGUUUGCUGCAGCUUCCAUCGGCCAGGUGCACCAUGGAGUUUUGAAAGAUGGUAGAGAAAUCGCCAUGAAGAUUCAGUACCCUGGAGUGGCAGAGAGCAUCCACAGCGACAUAAACAACCUGAUGUCAGUACUGAAAAUGAGCGUGGUCCUGCCAGAAGGUCUGUUUGCGGACAGCAGCCUCGAGGUGCUUCAGAGGGAACUGGCGUGGGAGUGCGACUAUAAGAGGGAAGCAGAGUGCGCCAAGAAGUUCAGGUCACUGCUGGAAGGAGAUGAGUUUUUCCAGGUCCCUGAGGUGAUUGAUGAGCUGUCAGGGCGCAGGGUGCUGGCGAUGGAACUAGUGCAGGGAGUCCCACUGGACCGCUGCGUAGACCUGGACCAGGAGACCAGAAACCAGAUCUGCUUCAACAUCCUCCAGCUGUGUCUCAGGGAGCUGUUUGAGUUCAGGUUCAUGCAGACGGAUCCAAACUGGGCCAACUUCUUUUACAACUCGGACACCGACAAGAUUGUUCUGUUGGAUUUCGGUGCGUGCAGGAGUUACCCAGAAGCGUUCACAGACGACUACAUCCAGGUGGUUCAUGCAGCUUCCGUGGGCGAUCGAGCCACUGUUCUCUCCAAAUCGAAGGACUUGAAAUUCCUGACAGGCUUCGAGGCCAAGGCCUUCCAGGACGCCCACGUCGAGGCGGUGAUGAUCCUCGGUGAAGCCUUUGCGUCCGCCGAGCCCUUUGACUUCGGCACCCAGAGCACCACCCAGCGCAUCCAGAGCCUCAUCCCCGUGAUGCUGCGCCACCGCCUCACCCCUCCGCCCGAGGAGACGUACUCCCUCCACCGCAAGAUGGCCGGCUCCUUCCUCAUCUGCUCCAAACUGAAGGCAAGCAUUGCCUGCAAGGAUAUGUUCCUGGGCGUGUACAAUUCCUACAACCAGAGGAGGCUGGCUGAGCAAGCAGCUAAGGCCAGCGCUUAGAGCCUCGGGACCAGGCGACCGCUUUGACAUGUCAGAACAUUUGCUGAGUUGGCUCGUGAGGACAGAUAAGAUUCUGACAGAUAAGGUCUUGAAUUCAAAGGUGGACAAACUGGAUCUAUAUGUAACUGACGAUGCCAAUGAGCUCUGUUGAGGACCAUGACUGUUCUUGAUGUUCUCUGCUUGAAUCAUUUCAGUAGCUGUUUUUCCAUACCAGGAACCUUUGGUGCCACUCGGUACAACUCCAUCACUUGGACCAGAGAGAAAUUAUUUUAGCAUUUGUGAUUGGUUGAGCAUAAAUCAUAUAUCACCAUAAAUCAUCACAAUCAUUUGUAAAACUAGAUUUAUUUAUUUUUUUGACAGUGUCAGUCUGUUUUGCUACUACUACUAAUGCCCCCGUUUGCUGUCCGUCACAACAAACAGCAGCAUGGCUUAAACCUCCUCCAUGCUACCAACAUAAGGAGUUAGUACUAUUGUAUAGUCUUCUGCAUUAUGGCAGAAACUUGUUACAUAGCAAAAAUCUUCCUGGGUCUUUAGGCAAUGGUGUAAACGCAGACAACAAAUGGCCUGAAGAAACCUCUAAUUUAUUGAUUUUAUUUAACCAGGAACAUCCCAUUGAGAACAAGAACCUCUCUUAUUUUUUCUUUUUUAAAGAGAGUCUUUCCGGGUCUAAAGGUUCUUGGUUCUGAGGUGGAAAUAUAGCUAGUGCUACACUUUAAAAACGUCAGUGUGAAGGUAUAUUUUGUUGUGUCCUUCCCCAGUAUGUUACUCUGCUGCUCACUGAGACGUCACCAUGUUUGUACAUACAUGAAAAAAUCUUUGAAAACUUUAAUAUUAAACUGAAUGAUUGUGAAAAUGGUUGGGACAGUUCUGUCACGAAUACACAUUUUAGCUCAAAGGUUGAACUGUUAAUGAAUUAAAUAUGUAUUUGAUACUUUCUUUUCGUGGCAAAAUUCAAAGAUAAAUUCUCCCAAAACACAAGAUGUAUAUUUUCUUUGCGCUCCCGUUUCUGAAGUCGAUGAAUUCCAACUCCAGCUCUCUGGAACAGCGAGAGAGAAUGAGGAUCUUCUGUCUUCAGGGCAGACAGUAAGCCCUGCACUGACUAGCAGAUGCUGCCAAGCACUUUCAUUUGUGAGUUGCCUCAUGAGUUAGUGAAUAAAGGUUUCACCUAAAUUUGAUAGCUGCCAGACUAAAGGAGGAGAUUACCAGAUGAAUUAGAGAAGACAGUCUAAUGGAGCCCCACUGAGUAAUGGCCUUGCAUUCUAAAGUGUACUUGAUAUAAAACUCCAUGAUGUGAAACGGGAUCAGUUCUUUGUAAUGCUUCAGUACUUAUUUAUUACUUCUUAUUAGAUGUAAACUAUACCAUAUGAAGCAGUGUGCUGUGCAUGUUUUUUUUUUUUUUUUUUUAAAUAAAUAAAAUGUGAGAAAGGUG